GAGAAGCAGCAAAGAAAAUACAUUUUCGGAAAGGCAACACUCUGAAAGAAAAAAACAAACUUUGGAUCCAAACCAUUUGGUUUCUUGGCACAAGCAUCUGCUUCUCAAAGAAUAUCCACGCUUCAUCCUUCCCAUGGAGUAUGAUUGUUUCUAGAAAAAGCCAACUUUUCAGUCCUGCGCUAAAAAUACGAAAGUGUCUUCCUCCUUAAAGGAUUAUUUUCUGACUACUGAAAAAAAGCAGGAGUAAAAAUUCAGCAGAAAAUAUCAAGAUGAUCGACCUAAGAAGCUUACCUUUAAAAAUGUGUUUUUGGGUAUUCUUGGGAGCAGGGGACACAUGCAUGCAAAUGGCACAGAGCUGUCAUUAAAAUCAACGGUGGAUCUGUCCUGCUGGCUAAACAAGAGCUCCUACCGCAGGCAUUGUGUCAUUGUCUUGUCACAAAACCACUCCAUUAUCAGUAGCAGCAGCUCUCCAGAUUCUUCAAUCAGGACCCAGGUUCUACUGAAUACUUUUGGGAGGCAGAUGUUUGAAUGCCGUUGCAAACAACCGAGGCCACUGAACAUAUGCGGAAUUUAUGUUUUUGUUGGAAUUGCUCCAGAUCAACCAAAACAUGUGUCAUGUGCCCAGUAUGGAAAAUAUGGACCCACCAUUUGUUCUUGGGAUAAAGGAUAUUAUACCUAUCUAUUGACUACCUAUACACUAUGGAUAACAAAUGAAACCUCCAAUAGAACAGUCUUGGGAGAAAAAAAUAGCACUAUAGUUCAUCUCAGGAAAAAGCUGGACUUUGAAACUACUUAUACAGUUGUGGUCGAAGCCACAAAUAAACUUGGGAGCAAUUCAUCUGAACCAAUACAGUUCACAUUAACAGACAUUGUGAAGCCUCACCCUCCUGUGAACCUCUCAGUAAGCUGUGAUGCCUUUGCUCCCCAAAAUUGUACCAUCUUAUGGCAAGAUCAGCAAGAAACACAGUGCUUUAGACUGAGAUACCAACCAAUCCACAGUAAUUCCUGGAUUACGCUUGAAAAUCUAAAUGCUAAAAGAUACAAUCUUCAUGACCUGCAGCCAAAGAUAAAAUACGAAUUCCAAGUUUCCUGCAGGCUUCUUCUGGAAAGGGGUUUAUGGAGCGACUGGAGCCCAGCAUUUCUAACAGAAGCAGUGCCGUUUGAACCUGUUGAUGUCUGGUAUUUAAAGAAGGAGACCGUUUCAAAAAUGCAGAACAUCACUCUCUUCUGGAAGUCAGUAAAUGUAUCAGGAACAAUAAGCCAAAACUUCCACUAUCAAGUGAUAUUUCUAAACCUCAACCAAAUGCCACCUAGAACUGCAGAAAUGAGUGUGACCACCCACACUGUUUUCUCGCACAUCUCCCAUAAGGCAGAUUAUAACAUAACUCUUAAUUCGAAGAAUUCACGGGGAAUCUCCCCGUCUGUCUACAUAACCACAAAAUUGGGAAUUUCAGAACUGCUACCACCUAACCGGGUCUCCGCCGCACCCAUGGACAAUGAGAGGAUAAUUGUUAAAUGGGAAGUACCUUCAGCACCUUCCUCUUCCAUCAAUGGAUACAUAGUUGAAUGGGUAGAGAUCCCUCAAGACUAUCACAGGAACCCCUCCCCGACAUGGCUUAAAAUUCCUGUUUCUAAUUGCACAGUGAUCAAAGAGAAUUUAAAGCCCAACAUAUGCUACCACAUCAGUGUGUUUGCACUCUAUCAGGACAGAGCAGGAAAAGCAGCUACGACCACAGAAAAUACCUCAGCAAAAGGUAAAAAUAUCUGGUUUAAAUAUCUGGUUUAAGGCCUGAGAUCAUCUAAGACAGGGGUCCCCAACCUGUGGGCCAUGGUCCACUAGUGGGUCAUGAAGGGUUUGCAACCGGGCCGUGGA